AUGCGUGCCGCGGCGGUAUGCUCCUGCGCGCGACACCGGGGGCCCGUAAGCUCUCUGCCUAAUGAAUCCCCGCGCGGCGCGCGCCAGCAGCUGGCUGCUUUUAGAGAUGACUGCCCGCCGCGCCCGGCAGCAGCGCCAGCACCGGGAAAUGAAGGCCGCCACCCGCCUGCCUGCCUGCUUGCUGCCUACCUGAGCGCCGAGCAGACUUUAGGGGACGAAAUUUUUCCACUUGCGGGGACAAAAACACUCAGCAGAGGCCCUUCACCGUGCUUUGUUGUUGCAGCGACGAGGGGGAGGCACGUGGUGCGCACGGCGGGGUCACGCCCACGCCAUCGAUCAGCGACACGCGACUCCCAUCUGGCGCCCAGGGAACUCGUCUGGACGCCCCACCUGCCGGGGGCGCGCUGGCCCGGCAAGGCACCUCCGCCGCCCGUUCACAUUAUCAUAAACAACACACCACUCCACACCGGCUGGAACCCAGAAAAACGCUAUCGAAAUGUGCUGCAAGUGACCGACCGUCGCAUCCGCCCGCGAGAGAACAGACGCACCUGGCCGGGCAUCAGCGACCGUUCGGGCGGCGCGUUUUUGCCUGCUGGAACAGAAAAAGUGUGUCCGGCAUCGGCGGCGGCGGCGGCUGAUGUGAGUCACGGCAGUGGCGUCUCCCACGCCUCGCCUGCGGAGUGUAGCUGUGGCUGUAGCAGCGGCUCCUCGCCACCGCGGGCGUGCGGCGCGCUCUACCAGCCAAGCGGCAAGUUUGCGGCGCGCGUGCUGCUCAGCACCUGCACCGGCCAGAGAGACGUCUUUUCUGUUUCAGAUUUGUCCAAGAAUAGAUUCAGCGAGCUGCCAGUGGAAGUCACCGAGUAUUAUUCCUUAGAAAAGCUCAUUCUUUACCAUAACGCCAUCAAAUCUAUUCCGGAUUCGGUUGUAUAUCUACAGUCGCUGUUGUACCUUGACUUGAGCCGCAACCAGUUGAGCGUGCUACCGAGCUCACUGUGCCAGCUGCCGCUGGAAGUGCUGCUGGUGGCAAAUAACAAGCUGGUGUCUCUGCCCGAGGAGCUGGGUCGCAUGAAGACACUGGCUGCGCUCGAUGUCAGCUGCAAUGAAAUUUCGCACCUGCCCCAACAGAUUGGGGAGCUGCCCGCACUGCGUUCCCUCAACCUGCGCCGCAACAAGCUAGUCGACCUGCCACUCGGUUUGACAAAUCUCAAUCUGGAACGAUUAAAUUUAAGCGAAAACAGAAUCUCAACAUUACCAGCAGAGCUUCGCUUCAUGACAACAUUAGUUGAAUUGAUUCUUACCCAUAACCCUUUGAUUUCACCACCUGCAUAUUUGUGUACGAGGGGCCGUGUACAUGUAUUUAAGUACCUAGAGAAUCAAGCGUACAAAGGUGAUAAGAGAAAGGGCCUGCUGACUGACGAUAUCAGGAAGUUGCAGCAAAAAGUUGGCUACUUGUCAGAUUCUCGCCUCUCAAAUGGAUUUUCUGAUUUAAGGCAACGCCGUUAUAAUGUAGAUAGUGGCUACAGCACAAGUGAUGGAGGAUCUGAUAAACGAUGGUCCCAGGAAAUAAUUGUUGAGGAGGAGUGUGAUAAAAGUAAAGGCCUGUGGUCUCGCGCAGAUAGUCUUCCAAUACCUGUAAAACGCCGUGAUACCAAUGGUAGCUGUAGUGGUACAUCCACGCCUUCUACCAUCAGCCCAGGUGAUAACAUCAAUCUUGAGGAGGAAUUCAGCAAGAAUGUUUCUGUCUGUGAUGAAUUAGAAAGGAGAAAGACAGACAAAGUUCAGAGUGAUAAAGAAGAGGGCAAAAAUCUUGCUAAAGAUGGUGUAAAACCAAUGACUGGGAGUGGCACUAACAAAAUGGUGACAAAUGGUCCUGCCCAGUCGCCAUCCACAGAUGUCAUUGUCAACGGCAGUGGUGCAGUUGAAGACAAGCGGCCAUUGGAUCACAUACAGACAUACAGGGAAUACAAGGAAGCCCUCAGGCAACAGCGAGCUCUGGAUGGGCUGACUGUGUAUCGACCACGUGUUCCUGGAGAAGGUGGGCUGCAGCCAUUAAACAACAUGAAUCAGGAGGAAGAUCAUACAAAGAAUGAAGGGAACUUGCCAAAUAAUAAAAUAGAAAGCCUGAAGAACCAAGACAGCUCCGUUAAUAAGCGGCCAGUUCAGAAGGUUCCACCAUCCAGGAAUGGAGCAACAGUGACAUUUCAGGAUAAUCGUGUUGGGCAGGGAGGAACUGUGUUAAAUGGUACAUGGAGUGAUUAUGGAGGAAAAAGUGUUGUGCAAGAUACACAGGACACUUAUUACAUAAAACCAAACUCUCCCAUCAAGACUUCAACCAGUAUCACCCAAGUUCCUUCUUCAGCAUCACCAGGCAGUCCUAGGUUGGUUACUACAUCUUUAGGGUAUGUUGGCAACAUAGUUCCUGUUUCUACGAAUCAUCAUAACAGAUCAGCACCGACAGGAAAUGGCAGUGGAAGCCCCAGGUCACCAAAAAUAGGUACAAGUCGGACAGUCCCGUGGAACAGGGAUGUGGCACCAGAGAAACUCAGUUUUACUAUGAGGCGGGAAUUUGACAAGGCUCGUGAAGAGGCAGAACUCAUUGACCAGCUGAGGAGUCAUAUCGAGACGAGACUUAAAAUGUCACUUCCAGAAGACAUGGCUUCUGCACUGUCAGAUGGUGUGGUGCUGUGUCAUUUAGCAAACCAUGUCAGGCCCCGAUCUGUUGCCAGUAUUCAUGUGCCUUCUCCUGCUGUGCCGAAGCUGACAAUGGCAAGAUGUAGGAGAAAUGUGGAUAAUUUCUUGGAAGCUUGUCGCCGAAUUGGUGUUGAUGAGGAGGACGUGUGCUCUGUUGAGGACAUUGUUGGGCGUUUCAGAGUUGACGCAGUGUUGCACACAGUAGAGAGCCUAAUUGCCCGUGGAAGUCCACAUACCCCACUUAUUUGCUGUGCAUCAGAUGUGCUUGAGGGCAGAGGUUUGGUGCAAGUUGCUAUUACAGUAUCAGAACUCCUCAGGUUUCAUCAGCCUCGGUCACCAGCACACACAGCACCUUGAAUUACUGGGAGCACAGGUUAGGUGAAGAAAGAGUGUUUUACAUACUUCUUCCGAGAAUUUCUGCUGUGGCAGUACAGGGACCUAUCAAGUGAAUGUGAGAUACCAAGUCACAUCUACUACUUAUUACAAAGACAAUGUGCCAAAGAAUUUUUUGUCAUGGUACUAGCUGUACAGAUGUGUUAUUUAUAUGUUGUAAUUGUGUGAUUUUAUAAAAUAAUAUAUUGCCAUAGAUAAUUUUUAAAAUGAUGCUAUUAUUUUAAUAUGCAAAUGCAUGCAGUUUCCUAGUUUGGCUUAAUAGAGAAAUAAUGCUACAUUUUGAGCUUGAGUUAAAUUGUCAUUUUGUGAUGUAGCUACCGUUAUUAAAUAAUGACACUGAGGAUUUUACUAAAACGUUCUUCAGCAUCAAAACAAUUGAUGAUAUGCUUUUGUAUUUGGAGAUAAUAGACACUUUCCUACUGAAUUGUCUGACACAGGCCAUAAUGAUCAAAUGGCCUAUGGCACUUCCUAUAGUCAACAGAACAGUCAUAAUUAAUUUGAUGAUCCUGCUGCACUUCCUGUAUGAUAUGAGGCAAAAAUAAAAAUAUGAUAUUUUCGUAUGAACUUAUUAAGGAUUUAGGAGUAUGCCAGUUUUCAUUGAAUGCAUUAUUUUUCAUCUUUCUAAAAGUAGUUAUGUAUUGUAGGUACUCAAGCUUAUUGUGGAAGAACUGCUUCCCAUUUGCUUCUACAGCAAGGAGAUGUUAUACAUCCAUUUACUGGUCAGUUUCUUUAGUGAAGCCAUGAUGUUGAAGCUUCAUUUUAUGGGUGUUACCUUUAGGCUUCCAUUUUAAAAAUACACUUUGUAUUCAUGUUUAGUUGCACAGUAAUGUGUGCAACACUGAAGUUUGCAGUUUUGUGUGUGAAUAUUUGGCUUAUGAUAUUAUAAACCAUGAGUUCAUCUAAAUCCAUAAUUAUAUGCAGUCAUGCAGUCAUCAGUAUCAGUAUGUUCUUCAUCCAUGAUUUUAGUCACUUAGGUUCAGUUAAUAUAACUAUUUGAAUGUGACAUGGAACAAGCACUUAAUACUGGAUUUUCUGUCAUCAGAUAACUGGAGUUUAAUAUUUUGGCUAAAAUUGAUGCUAUGAGAAUUAAUGAUUUUUAUGUAAUGCUCAAAUUCACUAUUAUUUUACAGUUUGUUAUUACAUUAAAAUAGUAUAGACAGGUAGUUGUCAACAAAAGGUAACAGCUAUUCACUAUCUUAAACAAAAUAUUUUAUCAAGAAAAUUUUUUGCUGAGGAAACUAGAAGUGUAUGCUAGCAUAGUAGUAAUAUGAUAUAAUUCGUAAAGGCAUGCUCCAGAACUACAAGACUGCAAGCAAAAAUAGGCUAGUUUUUUUACAGCACUUCCAAGCAUAUGUAAUGUAUAUUGACUUAAAACUGCCAUCAGUUAAUAAUACAUGUAGUAACCAUCUAUGACUGUUUGCUGUAGCAAAAGAAAUUAUUUUCAUAUUGUAAGGGAGUGUAUUUCAUCUCACUGUUUAUAAUUUCAGUUAUCAUUAUAUUUGUCACCAUUGUAAGUGAACAUUAUGGUGUUUGUAUAAUGCAUGUAAUGAACACACCACCUUGGAAUAAUUGAUCUCUUUGUAUAAUGAGGACCCUUGUCCAGAUCCAUGUUACCUGAGCUAACUUCCUUUCCCUCAUUUUUUUUUAUCAUAUUAUUUGUUACUGUACAGCUCAAUUACAUUAUUUCAGCAUUUGCCAAUUGUAAUUUUAACAGUGUAGAAAACUUUUAAUAAGAGAAUGUAUCAUUUUGCAUGUAAAUGUAUAAAGUAUAAACUAUGCUAUGGGCUGUGAAUUUGGUUGUACAUUUCGUGCAAAAUAAGGAUAACGGAGACAUAUAAGUGUUCUUGUACAUCACUUUUAGCUGGUUAAUGUUUGUUGUUACCAGUAAACUUAAGACUGACUUCAGACAGUUGUAUUUGGAUCGAUGAAUUUGUCAGAUGUCAACUUUUUAAGUUAUGACAACAAUGUUUAAAAUUAGAAUUUCCACCAAUUUGAAUAAAGCAGUUUUACAAAACA